ACGGCCACUGAUUGGGCUCUCCUCGCCUCGUCGUCGUCGUCGUCUCUCUCUCCUCUCGCCAACGCCGAGUCCCUAAAUCUUCUCUCCUUCCCGAGUCCUUCUUGCCUUCACCCUUCCUGUCCUCCGUAGUCUCUACACUACCAACCAGUCCACCGCUCCAUUCCUCCACCUACUCAUCCACCAAGACAGGGCGAAACAAGGCUGCCGGGAGUCGCGUCAUGGGCGCCGCCGAUAACGCCGCGCCUCCACGGCAGGAGGGUGCCCGAGGGACGGCGCCGGAGGCGGAGGAGAAGGAGGUGAAGGUGGUCGUCGUGGACCAGCCGCCGCCUCCGCCUCCACCGGCGAGGCUGCAGGCGCAGCGGCCGCUGGCGCCGUUGCAGGUCACCACGCAGGCGCCGCCGCCGCCCAUGUCGGUGGCCUCCGGCGCCGUCGAGCCGCCGCCGCAGGUGGCGACGUACCAGCCCGUUCUGCAGACCCCGCAGCAGGGGCCACUCCCGUCGCUCAACUCGCGCGUGUACACCAAUGGCAUCUCGCUGUGCCUCUUCCUGCUCCACCUCGCCGCGGCCGGGUUUGCCGUUGUGUUCUUCGUGUUCAAGACCGUCCAAGAAAUCACCCAACACCCGCGCUCCCGUAAUGCGCGGCGCGAGCGCAACCUCCUGCGCUACUGGCUGCUCCCUGUGGAGGGCGCGGUGGCGUUCAGCAUCGUGCUGGCGUUCGCGUGGCAGAAGGCGGUGCGCGCGUGGCCGCGCGCCAUGGUGCGCGUCAUCCUCUGGUCCAGCUUCGGCAUCACUUUGGGCGUCGGCGCUCUGCUCAUGUGCUUCUCCAUGCCGGCCACCGUCGGGCUCGGUGUCGCGAUGGUUGUGUUCUCCAUCGUCACGGGGCUGUACGCGUGCUGGGUUACGCGCCGCGUGGGCUUCACCGCGCGGGUGUUCGAGCGCGCGGUGCAGCCGGUGGACAAGUUCCGCGGGCUGAACGGCCCCGCCUACCUGAUGGUGGCGGCGGGGUUCGCAUGGAUCUCCGUGUGGUGUGUGGCGGUGAUCGGUGCGGUCAACUUCCGGUUCCCCGGGCUGACGAUCCUGGCACUGGUGCUGAGCCUGGCGUGGACCGCGGAGGUGAUGCGGAACGUGGCGAACCUGACGGCGAGCCGGGUGAUCGCGCUCUACUACCUGCGCGGCAUGCAGUCGAGCGUGCAGUUCAGCUUCCAGCGCGCGAUGUCGUACAACCUCGGCAGCGCCUGCCUAGGCUCGCUCUUCGUCCCCACCAUCGAGGCGCUGCGCAUCCUGGCGCGCGGGCUCAACCUCCUCGAAGGCGAGGACGAGUUCAUGUUCUCCUGCGCGCACUGCUGCCUCAAUGUCAUGAACGCCAUCUUCAGCUUCGGCAACAGCUGGGCCUUCGUCCAUAUUGCGGCGUACGGGCGUGGGUUCGUGCAGGCGUCGCGGAGCACCUGGGGGCAGUUCGAGGCGCUGCCGGGGAUGGCAGCGCUGGUGGACUCGGACAUCACGAGCUCGGUGUGCUUCCUGACGGGCGUGACCAGCGGCGCGCUCUGCGUGGCGCUGGCCGGGUCCUGGACGUUCGCCACGCACCGGCACUACACCGCCACCGUGUCGCUGCUCGCCUUCUUCGUCGGGUACCUCAUGACGCGGAUCGGCAUGGCGCUGCCGCAGGCGUGCGUGGGGUGCUACUACGUGUGCUUCGCCGAGAACCCGGGCUCCCGGCUGUUCGACUCCACCAUACCCGAGCGGCUGCGCAAGAUGCAGGAAGGCCGCGACCCGCUCGUGCCGACGCCGCGGUUCCCGCACCAGCGCGUCGGCGCGUGACAUGACUCGCCCGCUGUUUUUGUCCUGUGCCGCUGCACCUUUUUCAGAGCCGCUCCUGCAAGUGCUUCCAUGGAAUUGAACUCGUGGUCGUGCUCGGACCGGACUGCCUCUGCACUGCUCGAGCUGACCCGGGGAUCCGGAUGCGAGGCUUGCGGUCGCGUGAACGGAAAGCACCUGGAGGUCGCGUUGAGGAGGGAUCUCUCCAUGCCAUGCCGUGCAGCAAGCGUAAGCAUAGUGCAAAAGAUUUGGAGACUUGUUAAAUUGGGAAUCGGGAUAGACUUUCUGGGUUUUUUUUAUUGUAAAUCCAUCCUUUUUUGGGUCAGUAGACACGAGGAAUCCUGAACAUUUCGGGCAUGUAAACAGAUUAAUUCUUGCAUUUUAGGAGCUAAUGUGAAUAUUCUUUAGCUUUGUAUGUUGGGUGGUUGAGGCUGGCCACGAUGAUCACGACACCAACAAGGCCUCAUAGUUGGAGGGCAUAGAGAAUCUGGACCGAAACAUAACGUGCACUAGUCUG